AUGAAGUGGCUGGCGUUGGCAGCGAUCCUGGCGACGACGACCCCGACCUCAGUGACCGCCCAGUGCUUCUCUCAGAAUGACCGCGUGGUUACCCCCUCGAGCUCGGAGCUGUCCCAACUCACCCGCUUCGCCGUGGCCCUGUACAAGGACAUGCUGGCCCGAAACACCACCGGGAACUACCUGGUGUCGCCCUACAGCGUGUGGAAGGCCCUCACCCUCGCGUACUUCGGGUCGUCGGGGAACACCCAGGCUGAGCUCGAGGGCGUUCUCGGGACGGAGGACAAGAUCUCCUCGCUGAAGGUGUGGAGUCACCUCGACCGCCUGUACGGCACAGAACAGAGCAGCGAAGACGCGGGCGUGCUGAUGGAGGGGCGGGCGUACCUCAGUGGGCGUCGAUCCCUCAGGCCGUGCGUGGAGGAGAUACUCGAAGACGCCCUUCGCACUCUCGACUUCUCCAACCAGUUAACACUGAGACCAGUUCAAGAUGAAAUGCCGAAAGGUGGGGCAGCCACUUAG